AAUAAAUAUACUGCAUUAUAUAGUGCAGUUACUUAAUUUGCGUGCGCUGGUGUGUGUGCGUUUUGGAAAAGUCAGUUGUUUUUAUACGCGAAAUGAUACUGUUUAAUGUGCGAAUGCUGUUAUCAUUCAAAUCAAUAUCCAUGCAGAAUUAUUGUGCAAAAAAAUAAUCGAUACGCAUGGCAUAUAGUACGGCUUUACCGUGGGAAACAAUUAAAACGAGCAGAAUUCAAAUGCAGAUUGCCUUUAAGAACCACAACCACAACCAGAACCAGCACCAGUACCAGCACCAGAGUUUGAAAUCGUUUGUGUUCCAAAGCUGGCCAAAGUACGACAGGGCUUCCUAUUUGACCACGACAACGACCAAAAAAUAUGCCAUCCACAUUAUUGGAAUGUCCAAUCGAUGCUAACGUUUUCUGCGUUCGCAAAACCCAUCAGCAAUACAAGAGGUCAAUGGGCAGAGGUGCACCAUACCUGUGCCACUUAGAUAGGUCUUACAGGAUAUUCGUUAUCCAGUUGUUGUUAUUAUCUAUGAUAUUAAUCGCUAACGCGCUCCCACCAGUUAUACGAGUAGGUGCCAUAUUUACUGAAGACGAACGCGAAAGUAGCAUCGAAUCAGCCUUCAAGUAUGCUAUUUACCGCAUCAAUAAGGAAAAACACCUCCUGCCCAAUACACAACUUGUCUAUGACAUCGAAUAUGUUCCUCGGGACGAUUCAUUUCGUGCAACGAAGAAGGUGUGUCGACAGUUGGAGUCCGGUGUUCAGGCAAUCUUUGGACCAACCGAUCCACUACUCGCCGGACACGUCCAGUCCAUUUGCGAGGCCUUUGAUAUACCGCACAUUGAAGUGCGCAUCGACUUAGAAACGAAUGUUAAGGAGUUCUCAAUAAAUUUGUAUCCGUCACACCAUCUGAUGAACUUGGCUUAUCGGGACCUAAUGGUGUAUUUGAACUGGACGAAAGUCGCCAUUAUUUAUGAAGAAGAUUACGGUCUUUUCAAGCAACAGGACCUGAUGCACUCAUCGACGGAGAUGCGAACCGAAAUGUAUAUAAGGCAAGCAAAUCCGGACACAUAUCGCCAAGUUUUACGGGCAAUUCGCCAAAAGGAAAUUUACAAAAUCAUAGUUGACACAAAUCCAACAAACAUAAAAGCAUUUUUUCGAUCAAUAUUACAAUUGCAAAUGAACGAUCAUCGAUAUCAUUAUAUGUUUACAACCUUUGAUCUGGAAACAUAUGAUCUGGAAGAUUUUAGAUACAACAGUGUUAAUAUAACCGCAUUCCGUUUGGUUGACGUUGAGAGUAAACGAUAUCAGGAGGUCAUAGAUCAGAUGCAAAAGUUGCAGCACAGCGGCCUGGAUAUGAUAAAUGGUGCCCCAUAUAUUCAGACACAAUCUGCUCUCAUGUUUGAUUCGGUUUAUGCUUUAGCAUCUGGCCUUAUGCAAUUAGAUAGUAGCCACACACUUACGUUCAGAAACAUAUCCUGUAACUCUGACAAAACGUGGAGCGAUGGAUUAUCUCUAUACAAUUAUAUUAAUUCGGCGUCAAUCGACGGCUUAACUGGAAAGGUCAACUUUAUUGAGGGCCGCCGUAAUAAGUUUAAAAUUGAUGUCCUGAAACUAAAACAAGAACGAAUUCAAAAAGUUGGAUACUGGCAGCCAGAUAUUGGAGUGAACAUAUCCGAUCCCACAGCAUUUUAUGACUCAAAUAUUGCGAAUAUUACACUUGUGGUCAUGACAAGAGAGGAGCGGCCCUAUGUUAUGGUUAAGGAAGACGCAAAUCUCACUGGCAAUGCGAGAUUCGAGGGAUUCUGCAUUGAUUUAUUAAAAGCCAUAGCUGUACAGGUUGGCUUUCAAUACAAAAUCGAGUUGGUUCCGGAUAAUAUGUACGGAGUGUACAUACCAGAGACAAACUCAUGGAAUGGCAUCGUCCAGGAGCUAAUGGAAAGGCGAGCUGAUCUAGCUGUCGCUUCCAUGACCAUAAACUAUGCACGGGAAAGUGUAAUUGAUUUCACAAAACCCUUCAUGAACUUGGGUAUUGGUAUUUUGUUCAAGGUGCCGACAAGUCAGCCUACACGUCUGUUUUCCUUUAUGAACCCAUUGGCUAUGGAAAUUUGGUUGUAUGUGCUAGCUGCUUAUAUCCUAGUCUCGUUUGCGCUGUUCGUGAUGGCUCGUUUCUCACCCUACGAAUGGAAGAAUCCCCAUCCGUGUUACAAGGAGACGAACAUUGUGGAAAAUCAAUUUUCCAUAUCGAAUAGUUUCUGGUUUAUAACGGGAACAUUUUUGCGACAGGGAUCGGGACUGAACCCAAAGAAAUCAGAUCGCGCGCAAACAAAGUUUUUCUCGUUCAUGAAUCCGCUUGCUGUUGAAAUCUGGUUCUAUAUAGCAUUUGGAUACGUACUUGUUUCAUUAACAAUAUGGAUAGUGGCACGAUUUUCGCCCGUCGAAUGGGUUCACUCGAAGCCGCCCUGCCCAAUGGCAUGUGAUCAUAUCUUGCAUAAAAUUCGCAAAGCCCAUCGCAAUGAGGAGCAAUUCGAGCUAGAGAAACUGACAGGCCUGCAGUCCUGUAAACACGACUACUAUUCACAUCCCGAAAAUCAGGGCCCUGAUGAACACAAUGACUUUGAUGCCAAUGCCGAUCCCGAUGCUGUUGCUGAUGCCAACGAUGAGCCGAAUGGGGGCCCCAAUGCAGGACAUUUGCACAACGAAAACAUUUUACACCUUACAAAUGAUGUUGAUGGAGAUGAUGAGUCAGAUGACAACACUCUGGAAUUAGUUAGCAUACAGAAUGAUUUCACUUUGAAAAAUAGUUUUUGGUUUGCAAUUGGCGCUCUUAUGCAACAAGGUUCCGAUUUGUAUCCUAGGGCAACAUCAACGCGAAUCGUUGGCGGUAUCUGGUGGUUCUUCACCCUCAUUAUUAUAUCAUCCUACACGGCUAAUUUGGCUGCGUUUUUAACUGUUGAGAGAAUGAUAACACCCAUUGAAAGUGCUUCGGAUUUGGCUGAACAAACUGAGAUAUCUUAUGGCACUUUGGAGGGCGGUUCAACAAUGACAUUUUUUAGGGACUCUAAAAUUGGAAUAUAUCAGAAAAUGUGGAGGUACAUGGAAAAUCGAAAAGCCUCCGUCUUUGUUAAGACCUAUGAAGAUGGAAUUAAGCGUGUGAUGGAAGGCAAUUAUGCCUUCCUAAUGGAAUCGACAAUGCUGGACUAUGCUGUCCAGCGCGACUGCAAUUUGACGCAGAUAGGAGGCUUGCUAGAUUCCAAAGGUUAUGGCAUAGCAACUCCCAAAGGUUCGCCAUGGAGGGAUAAAAUUUCAUUGGCCAUUCUGGAGCUGCAAGAGAAGGGCAUUAUACAAAUACUUUAUGACAAAUGGUGGAAGAACACUGGAGAUGUUUGCAAUAGAGACGAUAAGAGCAAAGAGUCAAAAGCCAAUGCCUUAGGUGUUGAAAAUAUUGGUGGGGUUUUCGUUGUGCUCCUCUGUGGACUUGCAUUGGCAGUGGUAGUAGCCAUACUUGAGUUUUGCUGGAAUUCAAAAAAGAACUUGCAUACCGAUAAUCAGUCUCUGUGUUCUGAAAUGGCGGAGGAGCUUCGCUUCGCCAUGCACUGCCAUGGAUCAAAGCAAAGGCCAGCUCUGAAACGUAAUUGUUUGAAAUGCUCGCCCGGAACCACAUAUGUGCCUACAAAUGUGGCAAUGCCAAAUGUGGGCGUCCAUUAUAACUAUUUUAAUUAAGGACGAAAUUUGGCGUAAUUGAGCCCACACAUAUGCAAGUGUAUGAAGCUGUAUGCU